CGGUUAUGACGUGGCUGAGAGUAGAGGGGACUUUAGAGAACUUUAACAAAUUGAAACCUGAAACUUCAGUCUAUCUGGAAACUAAAUUCGAAUUGGAGAGAAUCCUGACGUUUUUAAAUAAGAAAAAUAAAUUUCAAUAUUCUACCGGAUUUUUAAGGAUCAUCAUGUCUGUAGAAAUAAAAAGUGUCCUCGUAAGUGAUCCUGUGGACGAAUCAUGUAUUAAACUUUUAACUAGUCAUGGAAUUCAAGUGACUGCAAAAUAUAAAUUACCAAAGGACGAAUUAAUUAAAGAAUUACAGAAUCAUCAAGCUUUGAUUGUAAGAUCAGAGACAAAAGUUACGGCCGAUGUUCUAGAUGCUGUAUCAAAUUUAAAAGUUGUUGGUAGAGCCGGAACGGGAGUUGAUAAUAUUGAUGUUCCAGCCGCAACGAAAAAUGGAGUUAUUGUUUUAAAUACACCAGCUGCUAAUAGUAUCAGUGCUUGUGAAUUGACAUGUGCAUUAAUAUCAUCAUUGGCACGAAAUGUCGUUCAAGCAAGUCAAUCCUUAAAGGAAGGGCGAUGGGAUCGUAAAUUAUAUUCCGGUUUUGAAUUGUAUGGAAAAACUCUUGGUGUUGUUGGAAUGGGUCGUAUUGGUCGUGAGGUAGCAAUUCGUAUGAAAUCAUUUGGAAUGAAAAUUAUUGCCUUCGAUCCAUUACUUAAGGAUCAAGAUGCUGAGGAAUUAAAAAUUCAAAAGGCUGAAUUAGAUGAAAUCUGGCCUGUAGCUGAUUAUAUCACUGUACAUACGCCUCUUAUUCCUCAAACAAAAAAUUUAGUUAACGCGACAACAUUGGCAAAAUGUAAGCAAGGCGUUUAUGUAAUUAAUGUUGCAAGAGGUGGAAUAAUUAAUGAGGAAGAUUUAUUAAAUUCAAUAAAAAGUGGUCAUUGCGGAGGAGCUGCUUUAGAUGUUUAUAUUGAGGAGCCACCAAAGAAUCCAAUUACUUUGGAACUUAUUAAACAUCCAAAAGUUGUUGCCACUCCUCAUCUUGGUGCGAGUACAGCAGAGGCACAACAAAGAGUUGCUCUUGAAGUAGCUGAACAAUUUUUAGCAUUAUCGGAAAAAUCGAAGGAAUACAGUGUCACUGGUGUUGUGAAUCCACAGGUUCUAAAAUCUGCCUAAUUUUUGUUUUACAUUUUUUUAUAUGCUCCUAGUCUAUAUGUAUUUUCUAAUUAAGGUCCAUUUUUCAUGUAAAAGAAAUAUAGAACAUUAGAAAAAUUU